GUUUUUGUUCUAAAUCUAGAGUAUCUCUUAGAUCUAUAGAUUUAUACUAGAUAGUAGCCUAGUAGAGUGAGAUACUAUAGAUCUAUCUAGAUAGAUCUAUGGUAAAACAAAACAUAGUAACUAGGGUGUGAAUUAAUCUAGUACUAGACUUGGAUCUAGUACAAUGUUGAAUGUAUAUAAUCAUAAUGGAACAUCUUUCUAGUUUUAUAUAAUAUAUAUACAUAUAUAUAUAAAACAACUAAAAUGACCAAUGUGGGACAAGACUUUACUCCAGAUCCUAAAAUAAAAAUUGAAAUUGAAGAAAAUGAUGAAACUGUUUAUUUAGCACAACCAUCAGAAAAACAAACUCAUAAACUAUCAACAGAUACAAAUGAAGACUUCACUCUUCAACUGAAAAAGGAAAUAAACAUUGAAAAUGAAGAAGUUGAAGAAACAGUUUUUUUAAUGCAACCUCCAGAAGAACAAACUCAGAAACUAUUAACAAAUACAAAGCGAAAAUCUGAAGCAAUUUUAUCAGUUUGGCCCUCAGAAAUUCAGUAUCAGGAAAGAUUCUUGAAACAAGAAAUGGAAGAGAUCCCAGAUAAUAAUUUUUCACAAACUGAAGAAGAUGAACAGCAGAUUCAGGUCCACAAAACAUGUCAAAAAGGACAAGAAGCACUUUCGAAUGAUUUCAAUUUACAAAUCAAAUAUGGAAUUCAUACAACUAAGAUUAGUAAGAAACCAUUUAAAUGUAAAGUUUGUUUUAAAGAAUUUUCAUAUGCUUCUCAUUUAAGUCGCCAUGAAAGAUCUCAUACUGGAGAAAAGCCAUUUGAAUGUGAAAUAUGUCAGAAAAAAUUUUCUUCUUCUUCUUAUUUGAAAAGCCAUAAGAUAAUGCAUGUCGAGGUUAAACCAUUUAAAUGUGAAAUAUGUCAGAAAGAAUUUUCUCAAUCCACUCGUUUUAAAUCACAUCAAAGAACUCAUAGUGAGGAAAAGCCAGUUGAAUGUGAAAUAUGUCAUAAAAAAUUUUCCUCUUCCUCUUAUUUGAAAAGCCAUAUGAUCGUGCAUAGUGAGGUAAAGCCAUUUGAAUGUGAAAUAUGUCAAAAAGAAUUUACACUGCUUUAUCAUUUAAAAUGUCAUCAAAGAUCUCAUAUUGGGGUUAAACCAUUUAAAUGUGAAAUAUGUCAAAAAGAAUUUUCUCAGUCUUCUCAUUUUAAAUCACAUCAAAGAUGCCAUACUGGGGAAAAGCCAUUUGAAUGUCAUAUAUGUCAGAAAAAAUUUUCUGACUCAAGUAGUUUGAGAAGACACAAGUUAUUACAUACUGGGGUUAAACCAUUUAAGUGCCAAAUAUGUCAGAAAGAAUUUUCCCGGCCCUAUCGUUUAAAAUAUCAUCAGCGAUGUCAUACUGGGGAAAAGCCAUUUAAAUGCCAAAUAUGUCAGAGAGAAUUCUCUCAGUAUUCUCUUUUAAAAUCACAUCAUAGAUGUCAUACUGGAGUAAAACCAUUUGAAUGUCAAAUAUGUCAGAAAAAAUAUUCUGAUCCUAGUACUUUGAGAAGACACAAGUUAGUACAUACUGGGGUAAAACCAUAUAAAUGCCUAAUAUGCCAAAAAGAAUUCAAUCGAUCAACUCAUUUAAAAUCUCACCUAAGAUCUCAUACUGGUGUGAAACCAUUUAAAUGUGAAAUAUGUCAGAAAGCCUAUUCUUCAUUGUCUCAUUUAAAAUAUCAUCAGAGAUCUCAUACCGAGGAAAAGCCAUUUAAGUGUCAAAUAUGUCAGAAAAAAUUUUCUUCUUUUCCUCUUUUGGAAAGUCACAUAUUUUUACAUAAUGGUCCAAAACCAUUUAAAUGUGAAAUAUGUGAAAAACAUUUUUCUCAAUCUUCUUAUUUAAAAGAACAUCAGAGAUGUCAUACGGGGGAAAAACCCUUUGAAUGUGAAAUAUGCAAGAAAACAUUUUCUUUUUUUGGUGCUUUGAAUAGACACAAUUUAUUGCAUACCGGGAUAAAACCCUUCAAAUGCCACGUAUGCCCGAAAGAAUUUUCCCAGUCUUGUCAUUUAAAAUAUCAUUUAAAAUCUCAUGCUGGGGUGAAACUAUUUGAAUGCCAAAUAUGUCAGAAAGAAUUUUCACGGUCCUCUCUUUUAAAAAGCCAUCAAAAGUCUCAUACUGGGGGACACCCAUUCAAAUGUCCAAUAUGUCAGAAAGAAUUUUCAGCUUCAUCUGGUUUAAAAUAUCAUCAAAGAUCUCAUACUGGGGAGAAACCCUUUGAAUGUCUUAUGUGUCAGAAAAGAUUUACUUCCUCUUCUCGUUUAAAGCAUCACAUGUUAUUGCAUAGUGGUAUUAAACCAUUUAAAUGCCAAACCUGUCACAAAGAAUUUUCUCAGUCUUCUUAUUUAAAAGAUCAUCAGAGAUCUCAUACUGGGGAAAAGCCAUUUGAAUGUCAAAUAUGUCAGAAAAAAUUUUCUUUCAUUGGAGCUUUGAAAAGACACAAUUUGUCGCAUACUGGGGUAAAACAAUAUAAAUGUGAUAUAUGUCAGAAAGCAUUUUCUCAGUCUUGUCAUUUAAAAAAACAUUACAAGACUCAUAAUGGUGGAGAUUAGCUAUCAACUAUUUUAGAAAUGAUCUCAUAAAACUUGUUAUUUAUAAGCUUAACCUUUAACAGAAUCAAGUUGGCUAACCAUGUUUAUUGAGAAGUACCAGAACUACUUCUAGGAUAAAAUUCACAAAGUUUGUUUUGUGGAGUUUUGUUUGUUGCUGUGCACAGAUAUGACUGAUUUGAGUGCCAUGGAUUGUGUAAUAUAAAUUCUCACUUAGAUGUAUUCAAGUCCUGAGAAUAUAAGGCUAAUGUUAUAGCUUUCCAAAAAUGUGCCAUUUAAUCUUUCUAUUUUCUCAUCACCCCUGUAAGGGGUGGUUCUGCUCAUAGCCACUCUUUUUUAUUUUUGAUACUUCUAUUCUUCUUUGGAAAUAGAAGUGCCCUUAUCCAUAUAGCAAAUGACUCAUUGAGGUACUUGAUAACUGUAGUGGAUGAAAUAUCUGGACAGGUUAAAGUGAAAGGGAGCCUAAAGAAUUUGUUGAUCAUAGAAGAAAUCUAUUUCAUGAAUUAGAAGAAAGAAGCCCCUUAAAGUCCAUGUUUAUUCUUUGAAAUGGUUGUGUUGUUUUAAUUAACUCUCCCAUUGAUUGCCUGAAGAAUUGGGCACUGGUCAAUGUCUGUUUUAAUGUCAUUGCAGGAACAAAUUAAAUACUUUGCUCUCACAAAAUGUAACUUCCGAGUUACACCAAGGUGACUCAAACUAUUGUGCAGUAACGUUAAGCCAUUGCAUGACGGCUGAUAAGUAGUGAUUUCUUUUAAAAGUAUCAGCAGCAGAGUUCUUUGUACCUGGUUGGUACACAACGUAAUAAUGAAAGCAAGAUAACUCUAAUCUCCACCUUUCAAUCUUUUCAUUCUUAAUCUUUCCUUUGUCUAUCAUACAUAAAGGAAAUGGAUCGCUGUUCAUUGACAAAAGAAUGGUCUACCGAUCAUGGAAUGUUUCCUCUUCCUCAAAAAGAUUCCUCUUUUGCAUAAACUUCUUUCUCCACCGAUGAGUAUCUUCUCUCGCUUUGCCAUAGUAUCAUAGAAAAGAAGGCCACAGAUCGGCUAUCUUGGUUGAGAAAAGCCUAUAUAGCUAUUUCAAAGAUGUCCGUUUCUACUGUAAGAAGGUGACUUUAAUCUAUAGUGUAAACAGCAGCUUUCUCGAGUUCGUCUUUUAGAUCUUGAAAUGUUUGUUUAACCUCAUCAGGGACUGGAAAUUGUUUAUUCCUAAAAGGCUUAUUGUUGUACUAAAUAACAAACCAUGUUACAUUCAAAGCUUUGUUUCACUGAAUGACAAACAACUACACACAUAGUAGAGAUCACAACACGAAAUAUGGUCUAACAAAUGUAAACAAACACUAAGGGGUGACAAUCAAAUAAGCGAAUUCACAACAUUCACCCCACGUUUAAAUUGUACACAUAUAACACAACCACAGAUAGUCAAAGCAAAAUAAAAUAAAUAAGUAAAGUCUACCCCUAGCCUCGAAAGCUGUAAAUGGCCUUUCUUCUUCUUUAAUCGGGAUCUGAUGAUAUGCAUUCUUGAGGUCCAGAGUGCUGAAGACAGAAAAUUGUGCUAUCUUCUCUGCUAAUUCAUCCAUUCUUGGCAUGGGAUAGGUGUCUAGCAGCGUAAAUCUGUUGAUCGUCUGAUUAUAGUCAAUAACCAUACGUCUUUUGUGCCUCUCAUUGGCUGUUAUUAGAACCUGUGCCAGCCAGGGGGAUUUUGAAGGUUGUAUCUCUUCUUCUUUUAGUAGUCUCUGAAUCUCAGCAUUAAUCAGAGUCCUGUAGUGAGUGUCUGUGUGAUAAGUUACCAAAAAGACAAGGCGCCUCUACUUUAGCUGGUCUAAGGGUACUUACACACAGAGGUGGUCUUUUUCCACUAAAAGGAAUCUGUAGAUUCUCAUGUAGGUUUAUGAAAUCCAAGCCUAGAAUUACAUCUGAACACAAUCCAUCUAAAAGUGAUAGUUAAAUAUUUUCAUAUGUUUCAUCUUUUGAGUUGAAUGGUAGCAAAGAUAUGGCCUUCAGUAACUCGAGGUAGGUGAGUAGAAGCCAUAAAUAUUCUGUCCAUGGAGGUUUUUAUCGGCCACUUGUGACUCCUGGCAACUCCUGCUGAUACAUAACUCUCACAGCUUCCAGUGUCUAUCAAGGCUUUAAAUUGCACCACAUUGAGAAGAAUCAAGGAGGUUGAUUUUCCUAGUCCUAAAGAGUGCAACGUAGUGAGGGCAAAAGCUGUAUAUUUUCUUGAUUUGCAGGAUUUCUGAAAAUGUCCCUUCUUGCCACACAGAUAACAUGUUUGCUUCUUGAGCGGGGCACUCAAUACGAGGAUGUCUUCCUCUGCCGCAGAAGUAGCACUUGCUAGAUAUACCGUUUACCUCUUAUUUGUUUGAGUCGAAUUGAUCGAGGCUCGUAGAUCAGGCUACUGGGGAGCGACAGGAUCAGCAGAGUGUUCUCUUACAGCAUUUGUAGUAGCCCACAAGUGGCUUCUGGCUGUGACUCGUACAACAACGAAUGUAGGCAUGUUCAAGUACUCUGGCUUCCUCAAAUGCAUCCUUCAACUUAAAAUCUGUUUUCUCUAGGAGGCAUUUUCUAAUACUGUUGGAGGCUAUUCCUGUGAUGAAUGCAUCACAUAUGGAUUCGUCAUGAUGUUGCUUAGCUGUCAAGGCUUUGAAAUUGCAAUCCUUGUAUAGACUGCAACGUUUUUGGAGAAAGGCAUCAAUACCUACGCGAAUACCUCAUUCUUUGACUGCACAUAGAUGUUUAGUGACUAAAUUGCCUCUUCAUAUGUUUCCUUGUUGCUAAUCAUCUGGUACACCAAUGGCGAAAUGUAGUUAAUUAGUAGUUUCUUGUUAUCUACAUUUUCUAUUGUAACUACAGACAAAAAAGUUUUUAAAAGUUUCGUACCAGUGCAGCCACUUUUCUUGUGCUUGAGGUGCGGUAGGUUCCAAAUCAAACCUAUCUGGCCGAAGCAGUCUAUCCAUGUUUAGACAGAUGCAGUGAAAUAAAUUGUUGUACCUAAUAACAAUCCAUGUUACAUUCAAAGCUUUGUUUCACUGAAUGACAAACAACUACACACAUAGUAGAGAUCACAACACAAAAUAUGGUCAGUACACAGGCUAACAAAUGUAAACAAACACUAAUUCAUGACACUUAUUUUGUUUGAAACUUUGGGGAUUCAUUGCGAAUAAUCAGUCAGUAGGCCAACUAUUUGUUUCCAUAUUCUGUUCCCGUAAGAUUAACAGUACAUGUAAUUCCCACAGGGCUCUGAACCUUUCUCUGACUUUCUGGAUCAGCUGACCUUUUGAAAUUUUGUAUCCCAACAGUCGGACAUGCUGGGUGCCAAUCUCACUUCAUUAAAUUUAAUUCCAUACUGCUGAGCAGCAGGCUUUUAUCAAGUGAUGAGGCAUCAUGUCCAAAGAUAGUCACAUUGUCCACAUAAACAAUGUUUUUUCCUGUUGCUUGUCUUCAAUAAUUUGAUCAAUAGUUUGCUUAAAACAUGCCACCCCAUUCGUGAUACCAAAUGGUAUCAUGCGAAACUGAUAAAGUUUCCCUCCUGCCUCAAAGACUGUUAAUAGUCUUUCUUCCUCCUUAUUCCUCCUUAAUGAGAAUUGGGGGAUACACACGCUUUUGAUUUAGUAGGCUUAAGACAGAACUGUGAUGUAAGUUUAAAAUAAAGGAAAUUCAAGUGCAGGUAGACGAUUGUUGAUUGUUUUGUCAAAGGAAGCAUUACACUAAUAUUUUGAAACAUUAUCCUUUUAUCAAGCAUUGAAGGCAUUCUAUAUAUGAAAUGCUUUAUUUGAUGUAUUUCUAAAGCCUAAUAUGUUCAAGUAAUUUUGGAAAUACUUUUUUUCAUGUGACAUAACUUAUGCUCCUGUGGAAGGACAAACACUUUCAAUUGUUCACCAAAAAUUUGAGCCAGCUUGUUUUUGUUGCAUCAAAUGUCAAACCACUAUGAGUUUGAUCUGGUUGUUUCUGACCCCUUUUUUUUUUUUCCUCAUCAUUUAGUUCUAAUAUCUAAACUUGGAAUUAUUUUGUGUGUGUCAUUUUUUGAAAGUGUGAUGCACUCAUCAUUGUGGUUGUAAUGGUUUUAGUAGAUUUUCUUCUUGUGAAUAAUUAAAACUUGAACAAACAUAAUUCAGCAUACACAAAAGUAAAAAUCUUGAAUCACCAUUUUUUCCCCCUUCUGUUUUGCCUUUGAUGUUAGCUUUUUAAUAAUGUCAUCAAUAUUAUAAAAUCUUGUUGAAGAAUGCAUAGAAAAUUAAUAGAAAUUUUAAUAACAGUAUCUCCCCAAGGGACACGACAAAACAUUCUGUUCAGUUGUUGAACAAGUAAUUGCUGUUGCUUAUGAAAAGGUUUAUUGCAUAGGUGUAUUCAUUUUAUUACCAGAGGAAUAAUGUUGUCUUGUUGAUUAAGAAAUAUAACUUGCUGUACAACAUUUAAAGAAAAACAUAUUAGGGCUUUUUAGAUUGUAACAGUUUAUUUACAACAAAUACUACUAUCCCAUAGCUUCUAAUUGCAACAUUUUAUUUGGUUUAUUUUUGACGAGUUAAGGAAAUGAUAAAAAUCCUAUAGAAAUCUAAAUAUCUGGAUUGUGUGCUCUAAUACUAUUGUAGAACCAGAUUUGGAAUUUUAAUUCUUAGUGGCACAAACAACCAUUUUACAUUAAUAAGCAUAAACUUGUGAAUUGUAAUAUAAUAUUACUGUAAUUUAGCAUUGUUUUAAUUUAUAUUGCUGUAAUUUAGUAGUUUUCUAAUUAAAUAUAGUUGUAGUUUAGUUUUCUUGCAAUAGUUAUCUGCUAUACUUUAGUAUUCUUGUAUAUAAUGUUGAUAUAAUUUAACAUUUGUUUAAAUUUAAUAUUGUUAUAGAUUAGUUGUCUUAUAAUAUUAUAUUGUUAUUCUUUUGUAUUUUUGUUAUAUAAUAUUUUUAGUAUUUAGUAUUCUUGUAAAAUUAUGUUGAUAUAAUUUAGAAUUGUUGUAAUGUUAUAAUUUAGAAUUGUAAUGUUUUCAAAAGACACUAUUUGUACAUAAUUAAAAUGUUUGACACCAAG